CGCAAAGGCAAGAAAUCCGAAGCCAUUGACAGAUGGCGUCGCGAAAUGGUUGCGGGUGCCUCCACAAAACGUCCUUGGUACAAUCUUGGUAUUAUGAUGCUCACAAGCAGUGGUGAACUUGAAGGAGUUGAGGUCCUCUUUGCAACAAUGAAACAAGAAGGUAUACAACGAAAUGAGCAUUCAUGGAAACCUUACAUCAUAGCCUUGAACAAAAGCGGCAGAUCCGGCGACGCUUUCGAGGCCUUCCGCGAAUUCGAUAAAGAAGUCUCAGAUGCAACAAGUGCCUCUUAUUAUAGCAUGAUGAACAGCUUCCUUCGUGUCGGUGCAAUACAUCAUGCCCAUGAGGUCUUUGUCGCUAUGCGAGCAAAAGGUCACAAGCCAGAUGAUGCCACUAUCAUGCUACUGCUCAGGCAAACAGACCAGGAUUCGCCGACAUCAAUCGAUCAGAAGACAAAAGUUAUCCAAGAACACAUGGAGAGUACCAGUACGCUGUCCGAGGACCCUGAAUUUUAUCUCACUGCUCUGAAGUUCUUCAUUGGUUUACGACAACCCACCCAAGCAGUGCAGAUCCUGGACAGAAUGCGCGAACGCAAAGUGGCGAUUUCUGCAGCACACAUCAACCUUAUCAUCAAGAUGUAUCUUCAGCAACACGAUCUUCAGAAUGCGUUGGGAUGGUUUCACAGAAUGAAUGCAACUGGUUCGGAUCAACAUGGGUUGGAAUAUCCUUUGCCUGAUAUGGAGUCAUAUGCGCUGUUCAUCGAAGAAGUCUCUCAAAGAAAGUUUCCGAUGCCCCCGGGGUGUGGAUCAAGACUUGAUUUUAUCAUCAAUUGGACGCGGGCGAUGUCGGAGGCGAGGAUCCCUUUUGCCACUCGUGUUGUGAAUGCUGUACUUGCGGCAAUGUUGCGGAAUGAUCAGUUCAAUAAUUUAUGGAAGACUUGGAAGUUCAUGGUUGGCGAACGUGGAGUUGUGCCGGAUAUUGGUACAUAUUCGAUCUUGUGGGUGAGCCAGGUUCAUGUAUCUUGGCAUGGUCGGAAGGCAUGGCCAGAGGAGAUCAUGGCGCCAAGAGAGUUUUUCAGAUUGAUGCUUCACAGUUCAGUAGCCCCAACGGUUCGGACAUACGACUUGAUCCUCAAGACAUUUCUGAGGUUGGGCGACACAGCGGGAGCUAUUGUGGCGCUUGGUGUUAUGUCUGACAGGCAGACGAUCAAUGCUGAUCAGGGAACCGUUGCUGCUGUAGCAUAUGGGAUCGGCCGUAAAUCUGUGGUUGCUCGGGGUAUCUGGUACGAGGAUGGUGUUCGUUCAAUGGUCACGACCCUUGGGCUUCUAGACAAGGAUCAUAACAUCCUGAAGAGGGACGAGGGGGUUGAACUGAGUGCAAAGGAUAUUCAGUUGUUCCUGAUGCGAACAUUCAGCAAAACGCUUGGAAGAUUUGAAGCGGAAGAAAUCGUGCAUCAAGUUGCAAUGGAGAUGGAAGUUGCGGGCAUACGGUUGAACUGGCAAGACGUGUAACGAUAUCGAUUGCGGUGAUAACCUAAACGUAGCUAUAGAAAUGGCGAUUACGGUAGAGUUUCGCCAGGUCUAAAGUAGACCGAGAGCAGAAAUACGUUCAACAAAGCCGCCC